CAGUGUUGUUCACUGAGGUUUUUAAGACAGACAGACAUCGUUCUCAGCACUCAAACUUCCUGACUGUGAAGUCAAAAUGCCUACUUUGUGGUGGGUUUUCUGGAGAUUCUGUGCUGUCUUCUGCAUCUCUGCCUCCACAACUUUAUGCAGCAAAGUGGAAUGGAGGGAUCCAGGAGUGUCCAUCACCAUCAAGUGUGAAUUUAAAGAUGAACAAGAAAAAGCUUUUCUACUAAACGUGAAGAAAGGCUUGAACAAAAAUGAUGAUUUUUACUACAGAGUCCAAUCUGAGACACCAAGAUUUGCUUUUCCUGGUAGAACACAGACUGACAAUGAAUUCCCAAAUACACAAAUUGUGCUGAAGAACCUGACAACAAAUGACACUGGGGUGUAUUGGUGUUUGUAUGAAACAUCAGUGCAGAAAGAAAUUGAUGGUGGAUCCAUGCUGUUGGUUGUAAGAGAUCCCCCUCAUAAAGAUGACAAGUCUACAGAUUCAGCUCAUGCUUGCAACACGGACGAAAGACACCAAAUCCUGAUAGUGACAUCUGUGGUCAUCUCAUCUAUAGUACUGCUUGCUGUCUUCAUAGCUUUACUUCUGUUGACAAUCCGAAAGAUCAAAUAUUCCCAUGGAGGAAAUAAAUCAAGGCCACUUCCUCAUAAUGAUGUGUAUGAAGACAUGCGAGGUACCAUAAGACGCUGAUGAAGAUGAAAAUGUGUUUCUGUGAUGGUUCCUUCUCAUUUAAGCCAUCAAUGAAGAUCUCUAUUGUUCCAACAGACUUUGAGCGACUAAUACAACUAACAAUAUGAUUGUGUAUAGUGUGUAUAUUGUAAAUAUUGUUUUUAAAAACUUUUUUUUUAUUCUGUAGAUUUUUCAAUAAACAUUUUGUUAAAAGUA